AUGGCUUUCCCAAACAUGGUACUUAAGCUGCUGGUCCAAAGGAGAACCCAAAAAGUUUUAUUUGCAGAAGCCACUAAGGAGUUUGUAGAUUUUCUGUUGCACAUCUUCUCUCUGCCUCUCGGCACCCUCAUCCAGCUACGGGGUUCCAAUCAAAUGGUAGGUAGUUUGGGUCAACUCAAAGAAAGCGUUGAGAUAUUGAAUCAAGCUUACUUUCAACCAGGUAUCCGUAAAGAUGAUAUCGUUAACCCUAAAACAACGUUCAAUGGAAACAUGCCUCUGUUGUCGAAUGAUGCCUCUAUGGAUGAUGAACCUUAUACACCAAAAACACUCUACAGUUGUGGUGCUUUGAUGAAUUUCCGUUUGACGCCUGCUGGGCCGCCUAAAAAGGACGAUGAGGCGGCGAUGAAGGAAGCGGAGAGGAAGAAAGUACUACAAGGUGGGUAUGUGAAGGAGGUGGUGACUUAUAUGGUUAUGGAUAACUUGGUGGUGAAACCCAUGUCCACCAUUUCUAGCAUUACUCUCAUCAAUAGCUUUGGGGUGAAUGAUCUGAAUCAGCUUGAGGAGAAAUUAUUUUCAUUUGGAAAUGAUGAGGCACUGGAGUUGUUGAAGGCGUCUUUGAUGACGGACCAAGUGCUAACGACUCUGUUCAGGCAGAUGGAAUGA